AUGCGCACAAGGAAGCAUGAGUGUGGCCAGUGGUAUGGAUGUGUAGACUCGUUACCUGGUGCGGAAUGGCCGUGGGAGCGUAUCCCACAGGAAGAUGGUAGAAGGAACAUAGGGGGUUAUUGUGGAACCUUAAAGGGUUAUUAUCCCAGUACAGUACAAUCAGAAUCUGCUCGAGGUCCAUGGAUGGAUCUAAAUAUGAAUGAUUGUGGCACUGUAUUUCAUAACAAAACUAUUGAUUUUAGUACCAUUGCACAAUAUUUCAAGAAGAAGUUACAAGAUAAUCCUAAGUACAUGGUUAGGGAGAUGAUGUUCGAUUUGAAGAGAAUCUUUGAGCUAAAUGUUAGUCAUGGGAAGUGCAAGUGGGCUAAGAGAAUGGUAUUGGAGUCACUAGAUGGUAGUUUUUCAGAUGAGUACAAUAAACUUGAGGUUUAUGCCAAUGAAUUGAGGGAAAGUAACCCUGGUAGUGAUGUGGUUGUUACACUUUCAAAGAGUGCACUUGAAGAAGGAAGAAGAAGGUUAUUGAGGAUGUAUGUGUGUUUACAUGCUUUGAAGAUGGGUUUCAAUCUAGGAAUGAGACCUUUUAUUGGUCUGGAUGUUGUUGAUAAAGAGACAAAAAAAUACUUGAAAUUGGUUCAUGCAGUUGCUUCAAUCUUCUUUGGACCUCAAGGAAGGGGAAGGAAUCACCUUCAUGUCAGAUAUGCAAAAGAUGAAUACAAAACUAGGGAAAACAAGAAGGUUUUAUGGUGGUGUACAUGGUGCACAUAUGCAGAAGAUUUAAAAGAUCAGCUAGAAAAAAUAUGGGACUUGAACAAAGAUGCUGCAGAGGCUUUGUUGAGGUACCCACCUCAGGCCUGGUGUAGAACAUAUAUGGACACAAUAUGCAAGAAUCAGUUAGUUGAAAAUAACUUGAUUGAAUCCUUUAACAAGUGGAUUGUGGAUGCAAGGCAUAAGCCUAUAAUCAAGAUGCUAGAGGACAUCAGAAUCAAGACCAUGAACCUGUUAAAAGAACAUGAAGAAGAAAUUGCUCAAACAGCGUGUGAAGUAAAUGCAAAUGGUCAAAAUGGCUAUGAAGUUAUAGAAGAAUCUGACAAGCAUUGUGUCAAUUUGGCUGUGAAGAAGUGCACUUGCAGGUCAUGGGACCUUACAGGAAUCCCAUGUCCACAUGCUAUUAGAGCUAUACUUCAUGACUCUGGUGAUUCAAUGACAGAAAUAAACUGGUGGUAUAGCAAGGAGGCAUUUCUGCUGACUUAUAGGCACAAGAUACAGCUUGUUAGGGGAGAAAAGUUUUGGAAGAUUGAAUCAUCUCAAGCAAUGGAGCCUCUAGAGGUUGUGAUUUGGCUGGCAGAUCUAAGGUUAAGAGAGAUAGCAGAAGGAUGA